UCUACUUUUGUGCAACAGGCCCCAGCUGGUCUUCUAGGCGUCAGCUAAUGGGGAUCCUUUAUAAUAAAUCCAAAUACAAAUCCUCAGCUAUUGCUUACCCUAAGAUAGUGACCUACUGACUUUGUUUGGCUUGACACCUGAUCCUGCUGCUCUGUCAUAGUACUGUUCUCAUGUUAUAUUAAUGGAAUUCCACCACCUCAAUUAUGAAUUGCAAUAUGUUAUUUCCAUGGCCUAGGAAAGUUCAACCUCCGCAGUUUUGGGAACAGAGCAUUCUCUAGGGCAGCUCCCAGGCUCUGGAACUCCCUCGCCCAAGAGGGACCUUGGGUCCCUCACCAUAUUCAUCUCGACCCAUCUCUUCACCUCUGCCUAUCCCUAGCCCCACAACCCCCUCCCUUGUGCCUGAAUCUUGUUUUGUUUGUUUGUCUUUAUUAUCUAUAUCUACCCUGUAAAGAGACUUUGAGUUCGUGAAAAGCUCUAUAUAAAUUCAGUGUAUUAUUAUUUGUGAACAUGAGCUACUCUCUCUCUCAAAGCCAGAAACCAGAGUAAACCCAGUAAGGGCAUCAAGACCUAUUAAGUCCCUUUGGGAUCAGAUAGAUAGAUAGAUAGAUACUUACUUUAUUUAUGCUGAGGGCAAUGUUAUCUGUGGGAUCUGGGGAUUGGCUAAUAAGGACUGAUGAUUGACACCUGGAUGAACUGAUUGCUCACGUGUCCAGAAAUAGGAGUGCCUGGGCAGUCCCUCUUCCUCUCUCCCUCCUCAAGGCUGCUUGGUUUGUUUGGACUUUGGGUUGAGUUACUUUUGCAUUGUAGCAUUGCUACUCCUACACACAUCCAUCCACUACACACAUUACUGAUAAACCGAUAGCACGUUUACCUUUGCUUAUUUAAAUAAAUUUGAUUUAAUAGAGCAAACGUGUUCUCCACAUUUUGUCAUGAGCCAGGUCAUGACACUUGUGAUGUCAUCAUGUAAGGUGACAGUGAAAUUAAGACUCUUCCAGGCAUCCAAGACUCAACGGCCAAAUGAGCUUCAUUUUAUUGUAGUGUUCUCCGUUCUGAAACAGAACAUGUACCCAUAUACUUAGAACAUUCCCCUGCAGCUCUCAGUGCCAUUUAUAACAUUUUCCCCAAUUCAUUGUCUAUUUAGCACUUCCAGACUAUACAUCAGAAAUUUGAGUUCUAGCGCUCUAGUUUUUGGAUUUGGGAGAGAGUUGUUCGCGUUUACUAAUAUUUUUGGACUAUGAAUAGCAUCUAUGAAUAGCAUCCUUUCUGAAGACAACAUGGAGAGAAACAUCCCCAGGCUUCUCCUCAUCCACCUCAUCUUUGUCAUCCUCUCCACUCCUCCGUGUGCAGCCACUACAGGCCUGAGCAUCUUAAAGGUUGUCCCCAUCUCCAAUCCGUAUAGCUGGGCUGUUGCUCAGAACUACUGCAGAUGGCACCAUAGUGACUUGAUCACCAUCAAAACCCAACAGGAGGCUGACAAGCUUGCCCCGUAUGAAGGCUGGAUUGGUCUGUAUAGCGAUACAUCGUCACCGGAGUGGAAAUGGUCCAGAGGAGAUGAGAGAGCCACAUUCUUCAACUGGGAUUCAAAUGAACCAGACCAUAACCAGCACUGUGUUUUGAUGCACAACUCAGCUCCAAAAUGGAAAAGUGAAGAUUGCUCUAGCAGUCAGCCCUUCUUGUGUGAUGAAGGCCUGAUUCUGGUCCAGGAGAAUAAGACAUGGGAAGAAGCCUUGGUGCACUGCACACAGCUGGAGGCUGCGGGCAGCACCACAUGCCCGUACCAGCUUGCCAUCCUGUCAGAACCAAACGACAAUCUGAUGGACACAGAGACAAUAAGAUUGAAUGCAACCACUUCUGAGGUGUGGGUUGGACUGCGUUUCCUGGCUGGUGAUUGGCUGUGGAUGAGCCCAAACACGAGCUCCGACCUUCCUCAAUGUCCUGCAGAGCAGCAGCACUGCGGCGCCCUGGUUCCCGGUAACACCGAGUGGAAGAUCAUGAGCUGUAGUGAGAAAAGAAACUUCCUCUGCAGCAGAAGACCCACCAAAUAACUGUAUGUUUUUCCUCGAUAAACGUUUGUGUUCUCUUAAAAGGAUGUAAGAAAUGAUUUAAUGUGGAUUAAAGUGCUUUGAGUUAGA